GUUCCGCGUGUGUGUGACUGGGAGUUGAGUGAGGCAGCGGGACGGCCACUGACUCACUAACUGACAGUAGGAGCAGCAACCACCGCCGCAAAUUUCAACAGUUUGGAGCCCCGGAGCUUGCGGAUUGUAAACACCCUCAGCUCUCGGCUUUCAGUGUAACCGCAGCGCGCUUCGAGGUCAUGGCCUACCCAGGAUACGGCGGGUAUGGAGGUUUUAGUGGACAUAUGACUGGAAUGGGAGGGCCAGGUGGACCGAUGCAUGCUGCCCCACCAGGUGCAUACCAGACUUAUUCUGCAUAUACUGGAUAUCCUUCUGCUGCUUCAGUCGAUCCAAUGUGGAGUUACUUCACUGCAAUUGCUGGGCAAGAUGGAGAAGUUGAUGCUGAGGAACUGCAGCGAUGUUUAACACAAUCUGGGAUACAUGGUUCCUACAAACCUUUUAGUCUGGAGACCUGCAGAAUCAUGAUAGCCAUGCUGGAUAGAGAUAUGACUGGGAAGAUGGGCUUUAAUGAAUUUAAAGAGCUGUGGGCAGCACUAAAUGGUUGGAAACAGAACUUCAUGAUGUAUGAUCAAGACAGAAGUGGGACAGUAGAACCGCUUGAGCUUGGUCAGGCUAUUACAUCAAUGGGAUACCGAUUGAGUGCUCAAGCUAUAACUGGUAUUAUAAAGCGUUACUGUAAGGAUGGCAAGACUUACUUUGAUGACUAUGUUGCCUGCUGUGUAAAAUUAAGGGCAGUUACAGAUGCUUUCAGACGAAGAGACAGUCUGCAGCAAGGAUAUGUGAACUUUGGCUAUGAUGAUUUUAUCCAAUGCACCAUGUCCAUUUGAGUACAACAUUGCAUCCAUUAUGCAAAGACUGGUCGCUGAUGACUGAUUGAAACCAGUGAUUUAUAUUGCUUUGAGGAUAAAUCAAAUCUGCUCAAACUGCAUACAUGUCUAGUGGUUUUGUAUAUUUUUUUCUUUUUUAUUGUGUAAAAUAAAAAAGGAAAUUGGAUUUUAUGAUGUGUACACAAUUUGUUAUGCUGUCACUUGCCAAAAUGCUUAUUUCUUUGCCAAAAUGCUUAUUUCUUUCAUAGCUUGCAAAAUGUUGAUUUACAGGUAAAUGGCUUUGCUGAAAUUGUGCCUCUUGGAACUUUGUGUAGUUUAAUACAAAUGUUUAGGUUUUUAGUCUAUUGUAAUGUAUGAUGUAAUGAGGUUAAUAUGAUACUCACAUUUUUGUGAACCAAACAUCACUUUGCAUUUGACUAGCAUUUCCAUUUGCAAUUUUUUAAAAGAUUAUAUUUUUUUCACGUUUUCAUACUGCUUUUUCACCAUGUAAUAAAAAUCUUUUACUUUCUGGUUAAUGCUGGAUAUACGAUUGUCAAUGGAAUAAAAUAAAAACUAGUGACAAA